AUGUUCAGCCUCAUGAAAUUACCAAGAGUCGUCACCAUCAAUCAAGUGCCCAAAGAGUUCCAUGAGGACAGCAUAAUCUCUGGGUACCGUCACCCCCGUAGUUCUGCCACGGACUGCAUUCUAAGUCUUUUUCAGCUGACCAACGAGACUCUUAAUAUUUGGACCCACUUCUUGCCCACCUGGUACUUCCUAUGGAAACUUGUAAGUGUUGUUCUAAUGCAAACUGUGUGGCAGCAUCCCUUCACCUGGCCUCUGGUGGUCUUAAUAGUUUCAAGUUGCAUAUAUCCACUGGCAUCAAGCUGUGCUCACACUUUCAACAGCAUGUCGCCACGGGCGCGGCACAUGUGCUUUUAUUUUGACUAUGGAGCCCUGAGUCUCUACAGCAUGGGUUCUGCAAUUGCAUAUUCAGCGUACGUGUUUCCAGACAAGUGGGUAAACAACAUCUUGCACCAGAGUUUCAUCCCUGUUGCUCUGCUUAACUCGGUUAUAUGUACCAGCCUUGCCUGCUACUCCAGGCUUGGCUUACCAAUUCUUCAUCAUAAUCAUGACCUUGUAAAGAGAUUUCCUGAGUGCCGGAGUCCGAGGUUCAGAAAAGCAUUACGCAUUGUUGCAUUUGCCUUCCCUUACCUGUUUGACAGCAUUCCUCUCCUUUACAGGGUUUUUCUGUGUGAAGGGGAAGGCUGCACAGACAACGACGCCAAUGUCUUCCACAAGACCCACAUUGGAUUGGCUUUCCUAACUGGUUUUCUGUUUGCGACACAUUUACCUGAGCGCUUGGCGCCGGGCAGCUUCGACUAUAUUGGUAACAGUCAUCAACUUUUCCAUGUCUUUGGCGUCCUUGGCACCCACAUCCAGAUAAUGGCGAUUGAGCGUGAUAUGACAUUACGACGUUCCUUGCUUCUCGACCACUCCCUAGCCAUCACCUUUGGCAACUCAGUGGGUGUAACACUACUUUGUCUGCUGCUCAACCUGACCAUCGUCCUUCUCUUCAGCCUACCGCUCCUCUCUACACGAAUCGAUCAACAAAAGAAACAAAAUAGUUCGGCAAAGGCAAUGUAA